AUGAACAGACUUCAUCUCUUGUACUUUGGUCAUGUUGUCAGAAGUGAUCAGUUUCUGGUUAAGAAUAUCAUGCUUGGUCAAAAUUGUGGAGGCUUAGUACAGGGCCCCAAUGGCACUAUUGAGAGUCCAGGAUUUCCUCAUGGUUAUCCAAACUACGCUAACUGCACCUGGAUCAUCAUCACAGGGGAACGCAACAGGAUACAACUGUCAUUUCAUACUUUUGCUCUGGAAGAAGAUUUUGAUAUUUUAUCAGUUUAUGAUGGACAGCCGCAACAAGGGAAUUUAAAAGUGAGAUUAUCAGGAUUUCAGCUACCCUCCUCUAUAGUGAGCACAGGAUCUAUUCUCACUCUCUGGUUCACGACAGACUUUGCUGUGAGUGCCCAAGGUUUUAAAGCCCUGUAUGAAGUUUUACCUAGCCACACAUGUGGAAAUCCUGGGGAGAUAUUGAAAGGAGUCCUCCACGGAACAAGAUUCAACAUAGGAGACAAAAUCCGAUACAGCUGUCUCUCUGGUUACAUCCUGGAAGGACAUGCCAUUCUGACCUGCAUUGUUAGUCCUGGGAAUGGUGCAUCAUGGGAUUUUCCAGCUCCAUUUUGCAGAGCUGAAGGAGCUUGUGGAGGAACUUUACGUGGAACAAGCAGCACCAUUUCCAGCCCCCACUUCCCUUCAGAAUAUGAAAACAAUGCUGACUGUACAUGGACCAUUCUCGCAGAGCCAGGGGACACCAUUGCUUUAGUCUUCACUGACUUUCAACUUGAAGAAGGAUAUGAUUUCUUAGAGAUCAGUGGAACAGAAGCACCAUCUAUAUGGUAA